AGACCACCCAAUUGGUGGAGGAAUUUGGUGUAGGGCGAGAAGCCGCGCACCGAGCUACGUUCAAGGCUUCAAGCUAGUGAGAAGAGAAAGAGAGGGGAAGGGGGAUUGGAUUAGAAUUGAAUUUGCACGAGGGAUUACAUCAGAAGUUUCCGAAUUUGUAACUUCUCGUUAUUGCUCACACUCUGAAUUCAAUCACGUCAUCAUCUCGCAUAUCCUUUUUUUUUUUUGGGUAUCGCUAACCCUUGUCUUUGUUUUGACAUCGCCGACGUCGCCGUCGCCGUCGCCGUUACCGUCACUGUCACCGCCGUCAUCUUUAGCCUCCCUGUCACUGCUGGCUCGUCCAUCGUCAACCCGAGUUUAGAGGGUUUUGAUUGAAUCCCUUGCAAAUGGGCGAACAAACCCAAGGUCAAGGACAGACCCAAACCCGAACCCAGAGUCAGCCUCAGUCUAGCCAGGAUUCUACCCCCACGUCCAUUACCACCGCCAAUUCAACUACCACAACAACUGCCACCGUCGCCACCGCUACCAUUGCACAGGCUACGCUAACAGAGUCCGAACUAAGUAAUGCCCCUUCGCAAACCUAUUCUCCGCCUUCCAAAAUCCCCUUACGCCCCCGAAAGAUCCGAAAGCUUUCUCCUGACCCAAGUAACUCUCAAAUCGUCCCCGUGGAUAACCCAAAACCUAUCUCUUCCACCACCUCCUCCGCUAAGACGACGGGCGGCCGGAACAACAAGAAUGUUCAACAACGAACCCAAAUGGUUCCCAGAAUCGUAGCUAGGUCACUAUCUUUCGAAGGCGAGGUCGAGAUUGCACUGCGCUACCUCCGAAACGCCGAUCCACUUCUUGCUCCUUUAAUUGACAUUCACCCGCCUCCUACCUUUGACAAUUUCCACACUCCAUUCUUGGCUCUAACGCGUAGCAUUUUGUAUCAGCAACUCGCUUAUAAGGCUGGCACGUCAAUCUAUACCCGCUUCAUCGCUCUCUGUGGGAGCGAGGCCGGUGUUCUUCCAGAAACAGUUCUUGCCCUAACUCCUCAACAGCUUCGCCAGAUUGGGGUUUCGGGCCGGAAAGCUAGCUAUCUUCAUGAUUUGGCCAGGAAAUACCAGAAUGGGAUAUUAUCAGAUUCGGCCAUUGUAAAUAUGGAUGAUAAAUCGCUUUUCACAAUGCUCACGAUGGUUAAUGGGAUUGGAUCUUGGUCUGUUCAUAUGUUCAUGAUUUUUUCUCUCCAUAGACCUGAUGUUCUUCCAAUUAAUGAUCUCGGUGUCCGCAAAGGGGUUCAGCUUCUUUACAAUCUUGAGGAGCUGCCGCGACCUUCUCAGAUGGACCAAUUAUGCGAUAAAUGGAGGCCUUACAGGUCAGUUGCUUCUUGGUACAUGUGGAGAUUUGUCGAAGCAAAAGGAACUCCUUCAAGUGCCGUGGCUGUGGCUACCGGUGCCAGCUUGCACCAUCACCAGCAGGAGCAGCAACAACCGCAGCACCCAUCACAGCCGCAGCUUCUGGAUCCCAUAAAUAGCAUGUUUAAUCUUGGGGCUGCCUGUGCUUGGGGACAGUGAUUGCCGGUUGAAAUGAGAAGUUUGUCAUAAGAUUUCAUCAGCCGUCUUUGGUCAUACCAAAAGUGCAAAAGCCAAGCCAUGGAGUGUGUGUACUUAAUAGAGGAUCUUGGUGGUAUAAGUUGGAUAGUCUGGGCAUUGAAGCAUUUGUGUAUUUUCGGUAAAUCUGGUGCAAGAUUCAAUAAAAAGACAAACCUUAGGUUAGGUCUAUUCUGUUGUCGAAAUUGUAGGACGCCUGUUUUAAGUUGUGAAGUCGUCUUUCAUAAAGACAGGUCUGAUUAGAGUGCAGUGCGUCUGCCCCAUCGUGAUGUGGUUUGGACCAGGUAAUUCUUCAGGCCUUGUACGUGGUCCUGCUUGUGCUAGUGGAUGCCCAUUUUCUGCC